CCCAAACAGACACAGAGAGAGAGAGAGGAGUCUCCAAAAAGCUUGGCCUAAAAUAAAAAAUAAAAAAUAAAAAAAAAAAGAACCUUCAUUAAAUACCAUACUUGUACGUUCUCUCCAGAACUUUCUAUUCUAAUAACACGGAACGGAAGAGUGGUGGCUCUUCUUUUUCCCCAACCCCUGAAAUCAGGGUUUUUCUAGGGUUUUAGACAUUUAUCUGUUCCUCGCAUCGCCUCACUAAAACCUAAAGAGAAAGCUUAAAACCUUUUAAAAAAAAAAAAAAAAAGGCCUAAUGGUUCGCUCUAAUGGCGUCAGACUCAUCCACUGGCUCGCCCGCAGCGCUAUUUCCCGGAACGCUCUCCAAGAUUCCCCAAUCGACAUAUACGGAUCGUUGUCACGAGGAGGUUUAAGGAGGUUCAGUUCGGCAAUUUGCAACCAUCCCAGGGUCCUUACAAUUCCCAAUUCAGGAAAUGUUAAUCAUAGGAACUGGUUCCGACUUGGGGUAUUUAAAACCAACUGGGAUGCUGCAAGGUCAAUUCAUAGCACUGCAUCUAUGGCUGCAAAAGAUUAUUAUGACACACUUGGUGUAAGUAAGAAUUCAACUGCAUCUGAAAUCAAGAAAGCUUAUUAUGGGCUUGCAAAAAAACUACAUCCAGAUACAAAUAAAGACGACCCUGAAGCAGAAAAAAAGUUUCAAGAAGUCCAAAAGGCUUAUGAGGUUUUGAAAGACGAGGAAAGACGUCAACAAUAUGACCAGGUCGGCCAUGAAGCUUUUGAACAAGCUGCAAAUGGUAGUGAUGGUGGUGGUACAUGGAGUCCUGGGUUCAAUCCAUUUGACAUAUUCGGUACUGAAAAUAUCUUCACCAAUAUUUUUAAUAGGGGUAUGGGUGGCAAAGAUGUCAAGGUAUCCGUUGAACUAUCCUUUAUGGAAGCCGUUCAGGGAUGCACCAAAAGUGUCUCAUUCCUGACUGAAAUGCUUUGUGAAGCUUGUGGUGGUUCUGGAGUUCCUCCCGGAACCAGGCCCGAAACUUGUAGACAUUGUAAGGGCGCAGGCAUGAUAUACAAGCAAACUGGCCCGUUCCAUAUGCAGGUUACUUGUCCCCAAUGUGGUGGAAGUGGGAAAACUGUAAAGAACUUCUGCAAGUCUUGUAAAGGCGAGCGGGUAGUGAUGGGAUCAAAGUCUGUCAAAUUGGAUGUUAUGCCAGGGGUAGACACUAAUGAAACUAUAAAGAUGUAUAGAAGUGGUGGAGCUGAUCCCGAUGGGAAUCAACCAGGUGAUCUUUAUAUUACUAUCAAGGUCCGCGAAGACCCUGUUUUCAGAAGAGAAGGGCCUGAUAUUCAUGUUAAUGCAGUUCUAAGUGUCACUCAGGCAGUUUUGGGAGGAACUAUCCAGGUCCCCACUCUAACAGGAGAAGUUGUUCUAAAGGUCCGUGCUGGUACACAACCUGGUCAGAAAGUGGUCUUGAAGAGAAAAGGGAUUAAGACAAGGACCUCGUUCUCAUUUGGGGAUCAAUAUGUUCACUUCAAUGUCAGCAUCCCAACGAAUGUGACCCAGAGACAGCGUGAACUUAUUGAGGAAUUUGCCAAGGAAGAGCAAGGGGAAUAUGAGAAAGGUGCUGCAGCUGGUGCAUCCGGGUAAGCAGGUUGUGUAAACUGCUUGCGUCUGAUAGCCGUUACUUAGGUAGAGGUGAAAAUUUUCCCUGUUCAUUGGAUUGGAGGUUUUGCCGAAGUAAUUUCGGACUUUUUUUUAUUUAUCCUGUUUUGUAAGGUUUUGUAUAAUUUCCUACCUCAAAGUUAUAGUCAUAUUUAUUAAGAUCA